UGCACAGUGUACAUAAUGCGCAAUUGAACAUACAAACUUACAAAAAGAAAAGAAAUGACAAACACAAACCUCCGCGGCUUCACCCAAGCCGUCCGCACCCUCCUCACAACACCCUCCCAAUUCCUCCCACACCUCACAAUCCCAACCUUCACGCAUUUCCCCGAGAACAUCGGUCCAUACCUCCAACAAACAUCACCAAGCACCGAAAAAGACACGAGCAAGUCACCCGUGAUACGCGCCCUAGUCCUCGACAAAGACAACACCCUCUGCCCCCCGAAAACAACAACCUUCCCACCCCAAAUCCUCACGAAACUCGAACACCUGCGCAAAUCCCCAACAUCGCCAUUCAACCAACAAACAUCCCCGUCAUCGAUCCUAAUAGUCUCGAAUAGAGCAGGCAGCCACGCGUGUUACGACGCCGAAGUACACUCCCUCGAAUCCAGUCUCGCGCACCUCCAAAUUACCGUCUUCAGAUUACCAGUGGGAAUCGAGAAGAAGCCGUUCUGUGGGGAGACGGUUGUAGAUUGGUUCCGGGAGCGGGGGGUUGUUGAGCGGGCGGAUGAGAUUGCGGUUGUUGGGGAUCGGUUGGGGACGGAUGUGGUUAUGGCGAGUAUGAUGGGAGCGUGGAGUGUUUGGUGUCGGGAUGGGGUGUAUGAGGGGGUUGAGGCUGGGAAGGGGAGGCCCGGGAUGAAUAUGUUGGAGAGGAUGGAGAUGUUGCUGGAGAGGUAUUUGAGGGAGUCGAAAGGGCUUUGUGCGCCGCCGCCAAAGGGGUGGAAUGGCAGUUCGUAGACUGCGACGUACAAAUACAUACCCUGUACAAUAGAUAGAUACCCUGAACAAAGUUAUCCCAAAAAUCAUGAUUCGGUGACUAUCUCUACUAGCUUCACACCAGAACCACAUGCCCAGGACAGAGGAUGUUACAACCCUGUCAGCAUGGAUCCAGGCUAGAAUCAUGACCUAGAACAAACAAAACAAAUGACCAUCACGACAAGUGACAUGCAAACAAUACCUAACCCGCCGACCCAGAGUAUAUAAAAAGCAGCAACAAAAAAAGGGGGGGGGGGGGGGG